AUGUGUUGGAUUUCUGAUCUCAUUGCAUCGAUGUGUUGUAAAAGUACUGACUGGCUAAAUGCACUUCAACACAGAAGAAUGGAUUUUGAAGAGUUCUGUGCCGCUGCAUUAAGUGUUCAUCAGCUCGAGGCACUUGAUCAUUGCGAACAACAUGCUCGAUGUGUGUGUGAAAUUUUUGAGAGGGAUGGAAACAGAGCAUUGUCAUUGAAGAACUUGCUUCAGUAA